CUAUCUUGUGUGUGAGGGGGAGUGUCAGCUCCAUCGCACAGUUGGAAGCGAGCACAGCCAUGGCGGGGAUCACCUCCACCUUCCCCUUCAAUCCCUUGCCACUCCGAAUCACCAAAGCAGUGUCAUCGCUCUCUUCCAUUGAAUCCAGGUUCUUCGGGCUCCAUUUUCGUUCCCCCAAUAGUUUGUCCCGGUCCGGUUCCGACUCCCUCAAAUCCCUCCCCUCUUUUACUCUGCGCCACUUAGCAAUCUCUGCCAGUUACGGUGGGUCUGGAAGCCAGAGCGUUUCUGAGGAUGACCAGACCCUUGAUUUAUCUGGUAUCCGGUCGAAUUCUGUGAGGCUUAUUGAUGAGCAACAGAAUAUGGUUGGGGUGGUGUCUAAAAGUGAGGCCAUUCAAAUGGCUGAAGAUGCUGAGCUCGACUUGGUCAUUUUGUCCCCUGAUGCAGAUCCUCCAGUUGUUAGAAUAAUGGAUUAUAAUAAGUACAGAUAUGAACAGCAAAAGAAGAAAAAAAUACAGCAGAAAAGGACAGUUCUGGUCAUUUUGUCCCCUGAUGCAGAUCCUCCAGUUGUUAGAAUAAUGGAUUAUAAUAAGUACAGAUAUGAACAGCAAAAGAAGAAAAAAAUACAGCAGAAAAGGACUAAUCGCAUGGAGUUGAAGGAGCUCAAAAUGGGUUACAACAUUGAUGAACAUGAUUAUUCUGUGCGUUUGAAAGCUGCAAGGAAGUUUUUAAAAGAUGGUGACAAGGUUAAAGUCAUAGUAAACUUGAAAGGGCGGGAAAACGAGUUCAGAAAUAUUGCCAUUGAACUUAUCAGAGGUUUCCAAAAUGAUGUUGGUGAGCUUGCAACUGAGGAGAGCAAAAACUUCAGGGAUCGGAACAUAUUUAUAGUUUUGGUUCCAAAUAAAGCUGUUCUACAAAAAGCUCAAGAACCUGGAAAGAAAAAAGAUCAAUCAACCGCAAAUGAAGUGUCGGCUGGCGUUUGAGUGCUGCAUCUGCAAUCAAGUCAUAAAGAGAGCUUUCGAGGCACUAGGAUCAACAGGCAUGUACAACUUUUGUUCUUCAACUUUGUUUGGCAAUCUCAGAAGUUUUGUAUAGAAUUUAAUAGUCAAUCGCAUUCUGUGUGUCAAGUCUUAGAUAGCAUUUUAUUGUCAUAAGCAAUCUUUUCUAAAUGAAAUGGUUGUAGGUUCAUAUUUCACUGUCUGCAACUGAGCCAGAGGUUAGUUGUAUUUUGUCUUUACUAGCUAGGGUUGAUAUAUCUUUCAUCCCAAAAAGAAAGAUGAAGCUAUUUCCCAAAUUCUGUUCCUGUGCAGGCAAAAUCUAAACUGGCUUACUGUUUUUUUUUGGAAUUGCUGUUAAUGUUAGUGUUGUGUAUGCAGAAAGGGACUAAUCAUCCUAUGAAAAGGUUGGAAGCCCUGCGCUGUCUGGAUGGGGAGACUUCAACCUACCCACCAAAUGAAUUGAACUUGGCUUGAGUUUUACUUUCUUACUUUCCAAGCAAAUAUUUCGUUUUUCUUUCUCGCCCUUUAUCAUCCUGUAACCCCCAAACAAAGCAAGCUUGACUAAACCAUGGGAUACACAUGUCAUCCUCAGUUUUCCUUUCCUCUUCCCUUGCAUGGAUUUGCAUAUUGCGUUUCCUUCCCUUGAUAUGAAAAUUGCUGCUUGCUUUCUGGGAAUCUUGAGAUUCUGGGUAAUCUAACUUUAUAGAGCAAGAACAAAUUUCAGUGAUUGUU